AGGGGUUAGGGUCUGUGGAUAAGCUGAGAUAAGCCCCUUAUCGCAAUCAUACCGAGGGGCACUUCUAAACAAAAUUUGAGAUGGUCGUCAAGGUCCCCGCAGUCACCCGGUCUUGUUGGCAGGGAAUAGAACGCUGAGAUAUCCGCUCUAGCAGCAGAAGAAUAUCCCUCGCAGUAAGACUACUGAUAGCUUACGGAGGACAGGUACUUUCGGCAAGAUCAGAGUUACAUAAAAUGGGCAAGAAGCGUUCAAGAGAGGCGGACGGACAAGGGGACGUCACCAUGACUGACCCCCCCGCCAACAAGAGGGACGAAGACGACAGCUCGGAUGAUGAGGACAUGGACAUUGUCAACGUAGACUUUGAGCUUUUCAACUACGACCCACAAAUCGACUUCCACGGCGUGAAGACGCUUCUCCGGCAACUCUUCGACACCGACGCCCAGCUCUUCGACCUGUCUGGCCUGAGCGACCUCAUUGUCGAGCAAAAUACCAUCGGUUCGACCUGCAAAGUCGACGACAAGGCCAACGACGCCUACGCCUUCCUCACCGUGCUCAACCUCCAGGAGCACCGCGCCAAGAAGCCCAUCGCGCAGCUGAUCGAGUACCUGACGGACCGGGCCAAGACGAACGACAGCCUGGGGAGCGUGGUGCCAGAGCUCCUAGCGUCGGGGAAGCAUGUGGGGUUGGUGCUAGCAGAACGGCUGCUCAACAUGCCAGCCGAGGUGAUCCCACCGAUGUGGACGUGCAUGAUCGACGAGAUCGAGGCGGCGGUGGAGGACAAGGAGCCGUACGAGUUCUCGCACUACCUAGUGGUGUCGCGGGGGUACCGCGAGGUGGCGUCCAGCUUGGACCAGAGCGAGCGGAAGCAGAAGAAGGCGCGCGAGGAGGCCGAGCUGCAAUAUUUCCACCCGGAAGACGAGGAGAUGCGCAAGCACGCGCUCGCCGCCGGGCCGUACGAGUUCACCAAGGAAGGAGAGCUGGUGGCGGAUAGCAAGAGGGCGUUUCAUGAAAUGGGGAUCAAGUCGUGCGGCUUCAUGAUGUUGAUCGAGGCGAGUAAGUUCCAGAGUGCUGUGCAGUCGAUCGUUGAGUAUGUUGGAACAGCCACAUAGGAUAUGGCGGCCGGCAGCGGAUCGGAACGAGGCAGAAAGAA